GCGCGUUUGGGCAAAACGCGGGUGUUUAGCGCUCACGAUUCGAUUGGAGUUGCGCAGUGUACGCUGUUGCAAGCUAUUAAGUGGCACACGACGAAUAACUCCCCACAGAGGCGCGCAAAGGCACAAAAAAAUGGCCUGGCGCGGCGGCCGCUGCUUGGCAGCGCUCUAUCUAGAAACCGCGGCCGGCCUGCGGCAGCGCAGCGUGCGCAAGGAAGAAGCGCUGGCUGCAUCUGCCUUUGAAAAAAUGAAAAGCGUCGGUGACACGCAACACUUCGACCCGGCACUGGAACGCGCCAACCUCGAGGCCUGCGCGAAGACGGUCGCCCAACUGGGCGCGGCGCGUGCGGAAAGGGUGGAGGAACUCGCGCGCCAGGCGGGUCUGAAGCGAGUGCCGCGCUCCGUCGUCUCGCAGCCGAUGCGCUGGCGCGACGGCGUGCUGCGGCCCGACCGGUCGGCGCUCGAUCCCACCAUCCUGCAGCUCUGGUACCGGCCGUCUCCCAAGACGUCUCGCGCCAUCCAGGGGGGCUUCGUGCGGUCGCACACGGAGCCUAUGUCGUCGCUGCGGGACGGCGCCGCGCGGUCGUUGGAGCGCAAGGUCGCGUCCUACAAGGACGGCGUCCUGGCGCGCAUCCAGCUUAAGGCGGACGCCGUCUACGCGGUCAUCGACCGGCAGCGCGACAAGCUGGUCGACGCCGUCGACGAUCUCUCGCGCGCGGCGCGCAAGGCGCUGCCGGAGGGCUUCCAGGACCGCGUCAAGGCGGCCUACAACCAGAACGUGGCGCCGGAGCUCGCGCGACUGCGGUCCGCGCCGCGCACGAAGCCCACGGUGGACGUGCCAAAGGGUCUUAUCGACGUCUUGGCGCUGGAGCGCGUGUCGCCCUCGGAUUUCGCGGUCGAGUGGCACCGCGAGGUCCCGGCUGAAUACGUCGGAGCCCUCGCGCCGUCGUCUUCGCUCGACGUGCGGUUGCGGAGCGGCGACCGCGCGCUGGCGUGGAUGCUGCUCGCCGCGACGUCGUCGCUACCGAUUUAUCGGAGUUGGUGCCUGUCGGCGUCCCAGUAUCAUGAUUGAACAUGAUGAAGCUCAUAGGUCGACGUCUAACACAGGCGCUUCGCGGCCGAGUGGUCGACGACGCACCAGGAGAUCGCGCAGGGAGCCCUGGUCGCGUGCGGCGUUUCCUUACUUUGGGCCGCCUAUAGAGCAAGAGGUAUCGACGAGGACCGGCUGAAGCUUGAUCUGCAGCGCGUGCUACGGGUGCACCGCACGGCCUCGGGCGACGAGGCCCUGGACAAGCUGUCGCGCCUGGCCGCGCGCGCCGCGGCGCGGCGGGCGACGGACGCCGUGCACGCGGGGUCGUGCGCCGGCGCGUCGGACGAUUGUAUAGAGCUCCUGGCGGCGACGGGCCUGCUCGGCGACGGCGACGCGGUGCCGCGGCCGCGCGACGCCGAAGAUAUAUUGGCCGACUACCUGACGGACCACCUGGCGCGCGGUGCCGUCCGGGCGCUCGACGUCGAUUCGAUGGACGAGCCCGGUAUGAUUAGUGUGUGAUUAACUUGAACUGUG